AUGGGUGAGAAUCCGAAUGCAUAUCAGGAAUCGUCGCGCAUAAUCUCGCACGUUCGUCACCUGUCGACGGUGAGUCAGUGGCUGGGGGNGUGCGUGGCGCUUUUGCUUUGUCUCAUCUCGAUGCUGGCCAUAUCGAUCGCGAUUCUCAAGCAGAUCAAGGCGAGAAGAUAUCACAAUCUGCGUACCAUCGUUCCAGCGCAAGUGAUUGUGCCUGGACAGCUUGGCGAGCCAAUUCCAGCGAAGAAGAUCCCACUU